AUGACUGAAGAUUUAGAUCACAGAUUCAGUUGUCUCACAUGGGAUCAGAUAAAAAUACUGGAUCAAGUAUUAACUGAAGUAAUACCCAUUCAUGGAAGAGGAAAUUUUCCAACACUCGAGGUAAAGCCAAAGGAUAUCAUUCAUGUUGUAAAGGAGCAGCUUAUUGAGAAGCAAAUCACUGUUAGAGACAUCCGCCUGAAUGGUUCAACAGCUAGUCACAUCCUUGUGAAACAGAAUGGAACUAGCUACAAAGACCUGGACAUCAUUUUUGGUGUUGAACUACCAAGUGAACAAGAAUUUCAGGUUGUUAAGGAGGCAGUACUGAAUUGUCUACUAGACUUUUUACCAAAAUGUGUCAAUAAAGAAAAGAUCACUGCUCAGACUAUGAAAGAUGCAUAUGUGCAAAAGAUGGUCAAAGUCUCCACUGAUCACGACCGCUGGAGCCUCAUCUCAUUGUCAAACAACAGUGGGAAGAAUGUAGAACUAAAAUUUGUAAACUCACUCAGACGACAGUUUGAAUUUAGCGUUGACUCCUUUCAAAUAAUACUGGACUCCAUGUUAAAUGUUUACAGUGAUACAGAAUGUGAAUUGACAGAAGACUUUCAUCCCACCAUUAUUGCAGAGAGCAUGUAUGGAGACUUCAAUGAGGCAAUGGACCAUUUAAAAUACAAACUUAUUUCCACAAGGAACCCUGAAGAAAUCAGAGGUGGAGGCCUUCUGAAAUACAGCAACCUUCUGGUUCGUGACUUUAAGCCAGCAGAUGAGGCUGAAAUUAAAUCUUUAGAACGUUAUAUGUGUUCCAGAUUCUUCAUUGAUUUUCCUGAUGUGGCUGAGCAGCAAAGGAAAGUUGAGUCAUAUUUGCGCAACCAUUUCAUUGGGGAAGAAAAGAGCAAGUAUGACUACCUGAUGACUUUGCGCGGAGUUGUAAAUGAGAGCACAGUGUGUCUCAUGGGACAUGAACGACGACAAACUCUGAAUAUGAUUACAAUUCUUGCUUUAAAAGUACUUGGAGAACAAAACAUCAUCCCAAAUGCAGCCAACGUAACAUGCUACUAUCAGCCCGCUCCAUAUAUCAGUGACAGGAACUUCAGCAAUUACUAUGUUGCUCAUGGACAGCCACCUGUCAUCUACCAGCCAUAUCCAUUUCAUAUACAAAUGCAAAGUGGAAUGGUUUAGUAAAAGUUAGCCUCCUCACUGCCCACCCCACUACCCCAGUUGU